AUGCCAUUCCCGAUGCCCAUUAUGGAGGAACAGCAAUUGGCAGGUAAUUGUUAUUUCAUUACGCUUGAUUUAAGAAUGGGUUACCAUCAAAUUGAAAUGGACGAAGAUUCAAAGAAAUACACCGCUUUCGUCACCACCGAUGGUCAUUACGAGUUUAAUAGAAUGUCAUUCGGAUUAGUAAAUGCCCCAGCGAUGUUCCAAUCGGUGAUGAAUAGGGUAAUUGCAAAGAUGUCUCCUGGCGAAAUAAUGGUAUAUCUCGACGACGUUAUUAUUUCAAGUACGACGAUUGAAGAGGGUUUAAAACGCUUAAGUAAGUUCCUUAAUAUAUUACGCGGUUACAAACUGACGCUACGUUUAGCAAAGUGCCAAUUCUUAGCGACGCAAGUUUUGCACUUGGGUCACAUAAUCGGCAAAAAUGAUUGGUUGUACACCAUGCAGAUUCAGGACGAAAACCUGCGCGAAAUAAUAUCGAUUCUAAAGGGCGACGUUAAAUCUCCUAACGAUGAUAUACUACGUAAAGAAUAUUGUUUACAAAAACAUCGGUUAUAUCGACGAGAAGCAGAUGGUUUAAAAUUUGUUGUUCCGAAAUACGUACGCUGGCGUGUUGUCCAGCUAUGUCAUGACCGCAUGGGUCACUUCGCAUUGGAAAAAACGAUUGAACGUAUUCGGCAGAAUUUUUGGUUUGCAAAAAUUAGGAAAGCAGUUCGAGAUACGAAAACGGCGCAUGUAAUCAAUGCCAUAAACGAUUUAACUACUUACUUUGGGUUACCAUCUAAAAUUGUAACGGAUAGGGGUACCGCCUUUACCUCUAAAGUUUUUGAAUCAUAUUGCAACGACAACGGAAUCCAUCAUAUCAAAACAGCCGUGCGUACACCACGUGCUAACGGUCCAAAUGAACUUAUCUUCGAUUUUGAUCUUCGAAACAUAGUGCACAAUGAACUCAUAGCCGCCGUGAACGAUGACACACAUGAUAACGUAAACCAAACAACGAUGGCUGAAAAACGAAUACUGACAGCGGAAAAUAUUGCACGAGAGCGUCAAGUGGAAAACACGAUUUGA